UACGGUUCAUUCCACCUUUACUUCCUUCUCUCAUUAAUCUCAUCCAUAUGCUUCCUCCCUCUCUCUUUCUCCCCCUCUCUCUCAGAGCAUGAUUUCUUUGCUUGAUUUAUUGAAAUCAGAAGAGCCUUUUGGUAACUAGCUAGAUCAUAUGGUCGCCUGAAUUUUUUUGGCAACUACGUACUAGUUCAUGGUAAUUAAGCAUACAUAGAUCUCACUUAUCUGUUUGUUCUUUGAUUUCUCCUUCAAAGUUUUGCAUGUUCGAUCAGGGAGCUAUAGGAUUUUCCACUCUUAUUUCUUUACUUCUAUAUAUAUACAUAUGUGUGUGUGUUCUUCUUAUCUUGCAAGAUCUGGAGGAAAAGAAAGUGCUUACGAGCAACUAGCUAGCUAGAGAUUUUAUGUAGAGUUCAUUUGAAGGGAAAGCACAGAUCUGAUCCUUUUUCUUUUCUGUUUUUUGACUGAUUGAGCUGUUGAUUGAUCAGAUCUCUUUUCAAAUCUUUCGCACUGAAUUCGGAGAAAUUAACCAUGAAAGGGAUAAUCAGAAUUCAUCCAAAACACCAAGUCGUGGAGGAGAACAUGUCCAAUCUCACCUCUCCUUCCGGGGAAGCCAGUGUCUCAUCCAACCAACAGUCCUCGUUGGCCUCCACAAAUCCAAACUCAAGUAACAAGAAAAAGAGGAAUCUCCCAGGAAAUCCAGAUCCAGAAGCCGAGGUUGUGGCACUGACUCCCAAGACACUGAUGGCGACCAACAGAUUUGUGUGCGAGAUCUGCAACAAAGGGUUUCAGAGGGAUCAAAACCUGCAGCUCCACAGGAGGGGCCACAACCUCCCAUGGAAGCUCAAGCAGAGGCCCAAGGAGGUGAAGAAGAAGGUGUACAUCUGCCCCGAGCAGACGUGCGUCCACCACGACCCUUCUCGGGCUCUCGGCGACCUCACUGGCAUCAAGAAGCACUUCAGCCGGAAGCACGGCGAGAAGAAGUGGAAGUGCGACAAGUGCUCCAAGAAAUAUGCAGUCCAGUCCGAUUGGAAGGCUCACUCCAAGAUCUGUGGCACCAAGGAAUACAGGUGCGAUUGUGGCACCCUGUUCUCGAGGAGGGACAGUUUCAUCACUCACAGAGCAUUUUGUGAUGCCCUGGCAGCUGAAGAGAGUUCAAGGGGCAUCGCAGCAAACCCCAUGUCAGCUCACCACCCACUUCAAUUAAUCUCUCAUUCAGCAGCAGCAUCUCUCGAGCCCUUCUCUCUCCACUUCCAUAACAGUCACCAAGAAGUGCAACAGAUGGAGCAGUUCAGCAGUACUAUCCCCCCAUGGCUGAAUUGCCAAGGCAGCACCUCAUCUAACUCCCUCAACCACCAUGGUCUCGGUCAACUCCCAACUGUUUAUUCCACAAGGCUGCUGGAACAGGAUCAUCACGCGUACCCUAAUCAUGACAACCUUCCUCCUCCUCCCCCUCCUCCUCCUCUUACUCUUCCGCACAUGUCAGCCACUGCAUUGCUGCAGAAGGCAGCUCAGAUGGGUGCAACUCUAAGUACUGGCAGGCCUCAAAUGGCACCUCACACUAGCCAUUACUCUUCUGCUUCAGCCUCUAAUGGAUUUGGCCUCGGCAUGGAAGCUAGUACGGACAUUGGUGGACGAGGAACAGCACCUACUCAUCUCCUUGAAGACAUGAUGAUGAACAGCAACCCCCUCUGCUCAUCAACUUCUACUCCGGGGUUUGGUGGGUCAUUCGAGGAUGCAUUUGGUGGAAUGAUAGGUUCAAAAAGGGAAGGGAGUAGCAGCUACAUGGAGGGCAUGGUAAGAGCCCAAGGAAACAAUGAAGGAGGAGGAAGAGCUGGGAAUGAUGGGAUAACAAGAGACUUCUUAGGCCUAAGGGCUUUUCUUCCACAGGGUUAUCCUUAACUCUGAUAUAUAGAUUAAUGCUGAUCGAGGCCUAAGAGGUAGGUUGCUGCAUGCAUGAAAAUUGUUUAGCUGGUUAGGGCGAUCAUAAAUCCAUCUCUCGUAGUUUUGGUAAAAGCAUUAAUUCAUACUUUAUUGUCUCCCGUCGGAUUUCUUGAAUGAAUGAAUAUGAUCUGCAUGCACUCCAAAUGGAGGAAACUUUGUUGUA